CAGGCCUGAAUCCAGAUGCAGAGCAGGUUUCCUUGCAGCCUGCAGCCACCCCGGGUUCACUGCAGGCUCUUGGGAUCAUGUGUGUGCAGGCAGAGCAAUGCAGUGCAUUGCAUCAGCUGCAUCCCGCAGUAUUCCUGCAGCCAGUUAUGUGACAUAACUCUCCCUUUCCUUCCCCAGCACACAAGCGUGGAGAGUGAAGCCAGCCUCCAUUCUUCUGCUAGCACUUUCUCCACCUCCUCCAGCACGGUGUCGGCUGCUCCUCCGGUUGUAAGUGUUUCAUCCAGCCUCAGCAGCGUCAGCAGCCUGGGCCUCAGCCUCAGCAGCAACUCCACAGUGACAGCCUCCACUCGCAGCUCUGUGGCAACGACAUCAGGAAAAGCCCCCCCCAACCUCCCCCCUGGAGUCCCACCGUUGUUGCCUAACCCGUACAUCAUGGCUCCAGGAUUGCUCCAUGCUUACCCGCCACAGGUGUAUGGAUAUGACGACCUGCAGAUGCUCCAGACGAGAUUCCCAUUGGAUUAUUACAGCAUCCCAUUCCCUACGCCCACCACCCCACUGACUGGAAGAGAUGGCAGCCUGAGCAGCAAUCCAUACUCUGGCGACUUAACAAAAUUCGGCCGAGGCGACGCCUCCUCCCCUGCUCCUGCAACGACUUUGGCCCAACCGCAGCAGAGCCAGACCCAAACCCACCACACCACGCAGCAGACGUUCCUGAACCCAGCGCUGCCUCCUGGCUACAGUUACACCAGUCUGCCGUACUACACAGGGGUACCGGGGCUCCCCAGCACCUUCCAGUACGGGCCCGCCGUGUUCCCUGUUGCUCCUACCUCUUCCAAGCAGCACGGUGUGAAUGUCAGCGUCAACGCAUCAGCAACCCCUUUCCAGCAGCCCAGUGGUUACGGCUCUCAUGGAUACAGCGCUGGUGUAUCUGUGACAUCCAGUAACACGGGUGUGCCGGACAUCUCGGGCUCUGUCUACUCCAAAACUCAGCAAUCCUUUGAGAAGCAGGGAUUUCACACUGGAACCCCGGCAGCCUCCUUCAACCUGCCUUCAGCGCUGGGCAGCGGCGGCCCCAUCAACCCCGCGACGGCAGCCGCCUACCCCCCGACCCCCUUCAUGCACAUCCUCACCCCGCAUCAGCAGCCCCAUUCGCAGAUCCUCCACCACCACCUCCAGCAGGACGGGCAGCUUCCAUAUUUGCAGAUGAUACUGUGCUGCCAACGCCAGCAGGAAGAUCAGAGCGGCUCCGGGCAGCGCAGCCAAGGCAGCUCCAUCCCCCAGAAAUCCCAGGCCAACAAGUCUGCCUACAACAGCUACAGCUGGGGCACCAACUGAGCGGGGGCGGCCCCCACCCACCAACUGCUUCCAACUGAGACCCCCACCGAGCGACGCCGACCUAUAUGGGAGGAGGAGGAGGAGGAGGAAGAGACCCCCACCCCUUUUACCACCCCCUCCCACCCAACAAGGGGCAGCGCCGGCCCCGGGCAGGGCAGAGCUGGGGCAGCUCCACAUUGUCUGUUUUCAGCCACCUUUUUCCUGUUGUAUGUAAUAUAGAAUUUGUAUUUUUUUGUUUUUGUUUUGUUUUUUUUCCUUUUCUUUCUUUUCUUCCUCUCCCUUCUCCUCUCUCUCUGCAUUCAGACUCUGUCCCGUUUGCCGUAGGGGCCUUUAUUGCUUUAUACUCCUUUCAAAC